AUGCUAAACAAACAAAACGCAUACACACACACACACACAGCUAUAAAUAUAGUUGUCACAGUGGUGGAGAAUGGGGAGAAUAGGAGUGUGGGACAGAGGCAGCUAUUAUGUCUUGGAAGAGCCUUACUAAAGAGAAGCAGCAUUCUUGUUUUAGAUGAAGCCACAACCUCUGUUCACUCUGCAACUGAUGGUGUGAUUCAGAAGGUCGUAAGCUGGGAGUUCAAAGAUCCUAAAGUUGUACAUACGGUUAUAGACAGUGAUCUUGUUCUAGUUCUCAGUGAAGGUAGUGUAGUGGAAUAUGAUACACCUGCUAAAUUGCUAAAACAAGCGGAAUCAUUCUUCUACAAGCUAAUAAAGGAGUACUCUCUAAGAUCACGAAGCUUCCUCAGCAAAUCCAAAAAUCAAAAUGCAGGUUUGAUUUCUUAGAAUCUACAAAUCUCA